AUCUGGUGCCUAGGCAACGAGAGCCGUUACCACGUCAACCGGACGGUGGACGGCUCCACCUUCUCCGUGGUGAUCCCCAGCGUGGCGACGGGAAUACGCUACAGCGUGGAGGUUGCCGCUAGCAACGGAGCGGGGCCGGGGGUGAAGAGUGAUGUCACCUUCUUUCAGCUAGACUAUGCAGGUCAGAUGAUGGAGAGCUGGGAGGACAGGGACACGCUGUCCCAGAUCUCUGACGUGGUCAAGCAGCCGGCGUUCAUCGCUGGCAUCGGCGCCACCUGCUGGCUGGUGCUCAUGGUGUUCAGCGUGUGGCUGUACCGCCACCGCAAGAAGAGGAGCGGCCUGAGCAGCAGCUACGCCGGCAUCCGCAAGGUCCCGUCCUUCACCUUCACACCCACAGUGGCCUACCAGAGGGGGGGGGAGUCGGUGUGCAGUGCUGUCAGGCCUGGUCUCCUGAAUAUGGGGGAUUCGGUGAACCAGCCCUGGCUUCCGGACUCGUGGCCCAACGCCUGCGCCAACCACAAGGACUGCAGCAUCAACUGCUGCAACACGGGCAACGGCACCAGCGACAGCAACAUGACCACCUACAGCCGCCCAGCCGACUGCAUCGCCAACUACGGCGGGCAGCUGGACAAGGCCGGGGGCGUACUGGAGUCGGACUCGGCGGUCUACAGCGACGUGGACCUCACCAACAAACUCAACGAGCUGACCACCUUCAACAACCCCAGCCUGUGCUUCCUGGGCCCCGGGGCCCCCCUGCCCCCCACCCCGUACGAGCCCACCCCCUACGCCACCACCCAGCUCAUCCAGUCCAACAUCCUCAACAAGGGGGCCGGCGGGGGGGCCGGGGGCCCCCCUGACCUGCGCUGCUGGGGCCAGCCCCCCAUCCAGCCCCCCAGGACCAGGGACAUGAACCCCCAGUACAACAUCCUGGAGCAGAACCGCCUCAACAAAGACCACUACAGAGGAGGGGAGGGGCCCAUGCAGGCCACUAUACCCUACAGCCAGCCCCACAACCAGGCCCUCAACCAGGCUCAUGACCACAGCACUGGAGGGUCACAUCACAGCUCAGACAGGGGAAGCAACAGCACUUCCGGGAGCCAGGGUCAUAAGAAGGGGACUCGCACGCCCAAACUGCCCAAGCAGAGUGCAGUGAGCUGGGGUGAAUCUCUGCCCCCGCCCCCCGUCAACCCUCCACCAAGCAGGAGUUGUGACGAAUACUCCCUGCCCAUGGACAAGAGGUUCACCCCAGACCUGCCCCAUGUGAGCUCCUGCCCCAUGCUGCCCCCCAGGAUGUUCCUGCACCAGGACCACAUGGAGGAAGAAGAGGAGGAGGAGGAGGAGGAGGAGGAGGGGGGGGGGGAGGAGCAGGGGGACAGGUGUCCCACCCCCCCUGUGAGGGGCGUGGCUUCCUCCCCCACCGUGUCGUACGGCCACCAGUCCACGGCCACCCUCACCCCCUCCCCCCAGGGCGAGCUGCACCACGGCCUUCUGAACGGGGCCAGCCACAGCAGGCAACACACAUCCAGCCCCCCUUCCCCUCCCAGACCUCUCUCCCCCACACACACCUACGGAUACAUCUCCAGCCCUCCAGGCCUGGAACCCGACGGCCAGGAGGAAGAGGAGGAGGAGGAGGAGGAGGAGGAAGGAGGUGAGUUGGAAACCGACCCUGAGAUGACCCAGGGUCACUACCACCAGAACCUCCACCCCCACCCCCGCCAGCACCCUCCCCCACGCAGGCUGCCCCUCCGGGGGUUGGAGCAGACACCGGCGUCCAGCGUGGGAGACCUGGACAGCUCGGUGACGGGCUCCAUGAUCAACGGCUGGGGCUCGGCGUCCGAGGAGGACAACGCCUCGUCUGGGCGCUCCAGCGCCGUCAGCUCCUCCGACGGCUCCUUCUUCACCGACGCAGACUUCGCCCCGGCUGCCGGCCACACCGGGGAGUACGGGGCGCUGCGCUGUGCCCGUCUGCCGGAGGACUGCGUUCCCGGACGAAGGCCGUUGCGUCCCAGCAGCCCCCUGUCCACCGACAGCAACAUGAGCGCUGCCAUCCAGCACAAGAGACCGCCCCGGAAACACAAGCAGCACCCGCUCCCCCCGGGCCACCCGCUCCCCCCGGGCCACCCGCCCGACCACGACGACCCCUGCAUGCCCCUGCAAUCCCCCGGCCACCAUGCCUCCAGGGAGGGCUACGAGGUGCGGGGCGCCACCCUGCCCAAGAUGGGCUCUGGAGAGGCCCGGGGCCGGAGGGGGAGCGCGGGGGGCCACAAGACGAGGGAGAGCUCUGUGGAGAGACAAGCCCAGGACAAGCUCAGGAGGGGAGGCAAGGCCAGGCUGCACACAGGUUCGGAGGACAUCCCCCCCUACAGCCGCCCUUCCUUCCCCUCGCUGCAGAGCCAGAGGGGGACCGGGGGCCCCAGGAGGAGGGGGGAGGGGGGCCCAGGGCCCCGCAGGGCCCCCUCUGACUUCCAGCCUCAGGAGGAGCUGGAGCUUCUGGAGAGCUGAGGAGCUGAGGAGCAGGACAGGAAACUCCCACAAUCCUUCAUUUCAAGAGAAGGAUAUGACAUCGAAGUUCUGCAACGAUUAUGUAAAUGACUUUUCCUAUCAUCAACAGAAGAAAAAAUAACAGAACAAUACUUAAUAUCGAUUUUUUUCGUACUACAAUUUCUCAUUUGAUGUUCAUCUUAAAAAAAAAACUUAAAAAAGAAUGUGAGAAAAAGGUGUCCAUUUUGACAGAGCCAGUGCAGUCUCUGGUUUGACG